AUGUCAUCUUCGAAAGACUGUGGAUCUUUCGGUAAGAAGGACCCUUCACCUGAUUUCAUAUCGACACGUUCCUUCAGUGAUGAAAAUAAUUUCCAAUUGUCAUCAAAUGAAAAAAUUUAUUCUGAGCAAAAACCCAAGCGUAAUAGACUUAUACACAGAUUUACGGAUUCGUUCAAAAGAGCAGAAGGUAGCACUACAAAAAUCAAACCAAUAAAUGAAAACACGUCUGAUUUAGAGGAUGGUAUUCAAUCCUUUACGUCAGACUCCAAAUUAAAAAAGUCCAUGAAAUCGCGUCAUGUUGUCAUGAUGUCUCUUGGGACAGGUAUUGGGACAGGUCUCCUGGUAGCUAAUGCAAAGGGUCUUCAUUAUGGUGGACCUGCUGCACUAGUUAUUGGUUACGUCUUAGUUUCCUUUAUUACGUACUUCAUGAUCCAAGCCGCUGGUGAGAUGGCUGUCACCUAUCCAACCUUACCAGCAAAUUUCAAUGCAUACUCUUCCAUAUUCAUUUCCAAACCAUUUGGAUUCGCCACGGUAUGGCUUUAUUGUUUUCAGUGGACAACUGUUUUGCCGUUAGAGUUGAUCACCGCCUCUAUGACUAUCCAAUUCUGGAAUGAUAAGAUUAACCCUGAUAUUUAUAUUCUUAUUUUCUACGUUUUCUUACUAUUCGUUCAUUUUUUUGGAGUGAAAGCUUACGGUGAAACGGAGUUCAUAUUCAAUUGUUGUAAAAUUUUAAUGAUAGCGGGCUUCAUUGUUCUAUCUGUCGUCAUUAACUGUGGUGGUGCUGGAAAUGACGGUUAUAUUGGGGGCGCUUAUUGGCAUAAACCAGGUGCUUUUGCGGGAGACACAUCAAUCGCCAGGUUUAAAAAUGUUUGCUACAUUUUAGUCACUGCAUACUUCUCCUUUGGUGGUAUGGAAUUAUUUGUAUUAAGUGUCCAAGAGCAGACCAACCCUAGAAAAUCUACUCCCGUAGCAGCUAAGAGAAGCAUAUACCGCAUCGUCGUCAUCUAUCUCCUGACUAUGAUUUUGAUUGGAUUCAAUGUUCCAUACAACGAUGACCAAUUAUUGGGUGCAGGCGGAUCCGCUACACAUGCAUCUCCUUAUGUGCUGGCUGCAUCCAUUCAUGGUGUUAGAAUUGUUCCGCACAUUAUCAAUGCCGUUAUUUUAAUCUCUGUCGUUUCAGUGGCAAAUUCUUCUUUAUAUGCCGGCCCAAGAUUAAUUUGCUCAUUAGCUCAACAAGGUUACGCACCAAAAUUUUUAGAUUAUGUUGACAGGGAGGGUAGACCCUUGAGAGCUCUUAUUGUAUGCUGUGUUAUCGGGGUUAUUGCAUUUGUUGCAGCCUCCUCCAAAGAAGAGAUCGUGUUUACCUGGUUGGCAGCUAUAGCAGGUUUAAGUGAAUUAUUCACAUGGACUUCCAUCAUGCUGUCCCAUCUACGAUUUAGACAAGCUAUGAAAGUGCAGGGAAGGUCUUUAAACGAGUUGGGAUAUAAAGCCACAACCGGCAUAUGGGGUUCUAUUUAUGGCUCCUUUUUUAAUAUUUUGGUCUUUAUUGCUCAAUUUUGGGUAGCAUUGGCCCCCUUAGGUAAUGGUGGCAAAUGUAAUGCGGAGGCUUUUUUCGAAAGUUAUUUAGCUGCUCCAAUAUGGUUGAUUUUUUAUAUUGGAUAUAUGAUUUACAACCGCGAUUUCACUCUGUUAAACCCCCUCGAUAAAAUCGACUUGGACUUCCACAGACGCGUCUACGAUCCAGAGCUAAUGAGACAAGAAGAUGAAGAAAAUAAAGAGAAAAUUAAAAACAUGUCUUUUCUGAGCAAAGCGCACCAUUUUUGGUGUUAG